AUGAAGGUUGCCAUCGUUGGAGGUGGCCCUUCUGGUCUCGUUACUCUCAAGUAUCUCACGCAGGCUCACCGGUUUCUGGACUGUGAUGUCGUCGAGACCCGUCUGUUUGACUAUCAACCGCAAGUUGGGGGGACGUUUUCUGCCAGAGUGUACGAGGACGCCGAGCUGGUAUCUUCAAAACAACUCACCACCUUUUCUGACUUUCGGCGGCCAAAUGAGCCCGACUUUCUCAGUGCAACGAAUUAUGUCAAGUAUCUCAAAGACUACUGCACGCAUUUUAACCUGUGGCAGCAUAUCAACCUCAACACUCGAGUCAUAGAAGUCAGACGCCGCGGCAUCGGCCACACAGUUGUGUAUGAGACCAACAAAGGCGAGCAGUUCGAGUGGGAUUGUGAUGCCGUUGCAGUAUGUUCAGGCUUGCACGUUGAGCCCAAUAUUCCUGAUAUUGAGGGACUUGAAAACGUGCCUCAAGUCAUACAUUCCUCCGCCUUCAAAUCCCGAAAACAGUUUCGUUCAAGCAGGACUGUCAUGAUUGUUGGUUCUGGAGAGACGGGGGCAGACAUUUCCUACCUCGCCGUGACGACUCCGACCGUGGAGAGAGUCAUCCUUUGCCACAGAGACGGAGUCCAUUUUGCACCCAAGAGGAACCCGGGGCCUGUUAUAUUGCCAUAUCUCCGCAAACCGAAUCCCAACGAACCAGGGAUCCCUAUUGAUAUUAGUCGAGCAAACAUGUUUGACACUGCAUAUGUUCACAAAUCACUUCGCCAAAAUGAUACACUGCUUUGGGAGUACUACAAUUUGUACAUCAAAACCCUCCUCUUCAUAUCGUCGGGCACAACUAUUGGCAUGGAUCAGUGGAUCGGUGCCAUUAGCAAGGCGAGACACCAUCCGUCAAAGAUCUUCUUUAAUAAGUCACUGAAAGUGUGCCCCUAUAUCAGUGAGCCCUACAGACCCAAAAUCCCCGGCCCACGGCUCUGGCUCUAUUCACUUCGAUCAUUCUUUGUACAAACGCCGAUUCCCGACACACAUGGUCGGAGAGUUGAUCUUGCACCGUUUCCUCUGCGCUUCAGCAAAAGGGGAGUUGUCCAGUUUCGCGACAACGGGCGUCCAGAGUAUGAGCGCAUGAAAGAGCAGAAUAUCCGUCCCGAGACGGUUGUCCUGUGUACGGGAUAUAAGCAGAGCUUCCCCUUUCUUAAUCGCCGGACGAAUGUCACAGGCGCUCCAUAUGCCACACCAGAUUCUGCAAAUGUACGACAAAUAUGGAAAUGUGACGACCCAACUGUUGGGUUCAUAGGAUUCGUGCGUCCAUCUUUGGGCGCCAUCCCUCCCCUUUCCGAGAUGCAGACGCAGCUGUGGAUUGCAAAUCUCUUAUCACCGUCGAGCAUUCCGCGGCCACUGCUGCCUGAAGACGAGUAUCACUACAAGUUGCGGCCGCUACCUGGCGCUAGGAUCAACUAUGGAGUUGAUCACGAAACUUAUGCGUACCAGCUGGCACUAGAUCUGGACUCGGCGCCGGGCUUGUGGGACAUUCUUAGUCUUGUCUCUUGGAAGAGAGCAGUAGUAUCGUGGAAAUUGCUCAUUCUUUGGAUCUUUGGUGCCAACGUCAACGCCAAGUUUCGUCUCAAGGGACCCUGGAUGUGGGACGGUGCUCUUGAAGUGUUUACAUCGGAUGAGUUUUGGCAGACAAUUACACGGCGACCAAUUAUUUUUGGCCAUCUCGCUGUUUCUAUAAUCCCAAUGUCGAUAUUUGGGCCAAUAAACCUCUUGUUCUGGGUAUACUGGACCAUUGCGGCCGUCUUGGACUCCGGUUAUACGAGGUAUUUGAACUACGUGCAUUCUCACAGACCUCGCCUAGCAGAUAAAUGCACGGAUUAA